CUUCCAUCCAGUGGGGCCUCAAAAGCAGGUGGGCCGUCUUCAGCACCACACACCUAAAGACUGCUUGGAGACCAAGCUUCUUCACUUCUUCUGCAGAGCCCAGCAAUGUGGAAUUACCUGUCCUUGCUGCCUGUCAUCUUAUUUCUGUGGGCUACAGCUGGCAUCUGGAUUGUUUUUGCAAUCGCUGUGGUUAACGGUUCUGUGGACCUCGACAAGGGCUUCCCCUUUAUCAGUAUCUGUGGCUCCUAUGCUCCUCAGAGCUGCAUUUUCGGCCAAGUCCUCAAUGUAGGAGCUGCUCUAGCUGUUUGGAUCUGCAUUGUGCGUCAUCACCAACUCCGGGACUGGGGCGUCAAAACGUGGCAAAACCAGCUAAUUCUGUGGUCGGGGAUCCUCUGUGCCCUGGGUACCUCCAUAGUAGGCAACUUCCAGGAGAAGAACCAGAAGCCCACACACCUGGCAGGGGCCUUUCUGGCCUUCAUUCUGGGCAACCUGUACUUCUGGCUGCAGCUCUUUCUGUCCUGGUGGAUGAAAGGCCUGCCCCAGCCUGGGCCCCACUGGAUUAAGCCUCUACGCCUGAGCCUCUGCAGCCUUUCCACCAUCCUCAUCGUGGCCAUGAUUGUCCUGCACGCCCUAAAUAUGCGUUCUGCCUCGGCUAUCUGCGAGUGGGUAGUGGCCAUGUUGCUCUUUAUGCUAUUCGGCUUCCUUGCCGUGGACUUCUCCAGCCUGCGUGGCUGCGCCCUGCACUUACAUCCCCGGCUGGACUCCAGCCUCCCACAAGCUCCCUCUGGGUCUCCAAAUAUACAGAUGGCACAGGUGCUCUGACCAGACCCCUCGCUACCGAUAGAGGAAGAAAGAUGGGGCCAACUCAGGCUCACUCAACAAUACACUGGAGGCUGAUGUGGAAGUUCUGACGGACGCACAGCAAAGUGGACUUGUGCUCACUGCUUAGACAGGCAGUAUUUUGGUACCCACCUCUCCCUGUGAUCAGAAGCACCCCAGGAAUUGAGAGGCGAAGGCCAGCCA